AAUUAGAAUUAUCACACACAAUUAAGAGAGAGAAACACACACACACACAUACACAAGAGAGAGGAAGAGAUGAGUGGUGAAAGAAAUGGGCAUGUGGAGAAAUCGACGAUCUCGAUUCCUCAAGUGAAGUUCACAAAGCUCUUCAUCAAUGGAGAAUUCGUCGAUUCUAUUUCAGGGAAAACCUUUGAUACAAUUGAUCCAAGAAGUGAAGAAGUGAUUGCUAAGGUUGCUGAAGGAGAUAAGGAAGAUGUGGAUAUAGCGGUCAAGGCUGCCCGUGAGGCCUUCGAUCACGGCCCAUGGCCCAGACUGCCCGGAUCUGAAAGGAGGAGAAUAAUGCUGAAAUUUGCAGACCUAAUCGAGCAAAAUCUAGAAGAGCUAGCUGGCAUCGACGCAAUUGAUGCGGCAAACUUGUAUAGUUUGGGGAAGAUGAUGUUGAUCAACAACGGAAUCGAACAGUUUCGCUACUACGCUGGCGCAGCCGACAAAAUUCACGGCGAAACCUUGAAAAUGUCGAGACCGCUGCACGGCUAUACGUUGCUCGAGCCGGUUGGCGUGGUCGGACACAUAACUCCGUGGAAUUUUCCGACUCAGAUGUUCUCCAUGAAAGUCGCGCCGGCACUCGCAGCCGGCUGCACGAUGGUUGUCAAGCCGGCAGAACAAACUCCCCUUUCUGCUCUGUUUUAUGCUCAUUUGGCCAAACUGGCUGGUGUGCCAGAUGGGGUCAUAAACGUCGUGACGGGCUAUGGAUCUACGGUUGGUGCUGCAAUCAGCUCCCAUAUGGACAUUGACAUGGUGAGUUUUACGGGGUCGACAGCGACAGGACACCGGAUAAUGCAAGCGGCGGCGACUAGCAACUUAAAGCAAGUUUGCCUAGAAUUGGGCGGCAAGUCUCCUUUCAUCGUGUUCGACGAUGUCGAUGUUGAUAAGGUUGCUCCUCUUGCUCUCAGUGCUUGUUUCUUCAACCAGGGCCAAAUAUGUGUGGCUGGGACUCGUCUCUUCAUUCAAGAAGGAAUCUAUGAUAAAUUCGUAGCUAGAUUGUUGGAGCUCCUGAAAACAUGGGUUGUUGGUGACCCUUUUGAUCCAAAUGUUAAUCAAGGCCCACAAGUUGAUAAAAAACAAUUUGAAAGGGUUCUCUCUUAUAUUGAGCUAGGCAAGAAGGAAGGGGCCACAUUGUUGACCGGCGGCAAGCCCCUUGAUCGCAAGGGAUACUAUAUCGAGCCUACUAUAUUCACUGAUGUCACGGAUGACAUGACCAUAGCCCAAGAAGAAAUUUUUGGACCCAUUAUGUCAAUCAUGAAAUUCAAGAGUAUGGAAGAGGUCAUAAAGAGGGCAAACAACAUAAAGUAUGGAUUGGCAGCUGGGAUCAUGACAAACAACCUUGACACUGCAAACACAGUUUCAAGAUCCAUCAAAGCCGGAUCAAUUUGGAUAAAUUGCUAUUUUGCAUUUGACAAUGAUGCACCAAUUGGAGGCUAUAAAAUGAGUGGAUUUGGGAAGGAUAUGGGGAUGGAUGCUCUUCACAAAUAUCUUCAAGUCAAAUCUGUUGCAACCCCAAUAUAUAACUCUCCAUGGCUGUGAUUUCACUUGAUUUUGGGACAUAACACUACUCAUGUCCUAUGUUGAUUUCCACUAUUUGCUUUUGUGAUCUUGGUGAUAAGUAUUUGUAAUGUAGUGUCUUUAUUUUUGGUGUUUGUAUGUGGAAUAAAAUUGGCAUGUCUUUUUCUUGGCAA